AUGCGACGUGCAUCACAAAGCGUGGAAGAGUACGAAUUAUUUCGUUUAUUAUUUUAUUUAAGAGAGAGAGAGAGAUCAAUGUGUUUAUUAAUAGAAUCGUUUUUAGCAACCAACAUCCAUGGUGAAAUCAAGUUAAAAAACUCGGUACUAAUUGCAGUGCCAAAAGGCGAUGCAGAAUUUUCAAAAACAGAGAAAAAAUUUUUAAGCGAUUGGAUAAAACCCAACGCACAAGGAGUUAGGGUGGAGGAGAUUUAUAAUAUUAUCUUAUCCCCGACCCUAGUAAAUAAAUAUAAAGAAUACAAGAAAAAAAUAGAACAAGACCGUGGAGAUCCAAACGAAAAAAUUUUAUACCAUGGAACAGAUCACUCCUGCGCUAUCAUAAAUAGCAAUAUAAAAAAUAUGUUAUGCAAGACAGAUGAUUGCGCAGGAUGUGGAAUCAUAAUGAACAAUUUCGAUAUUAAGAAGGCAAAAGCUUUGCCUACAGACCCCAACAGAACAUGCCGCAUAAUGUUUGUAACCAAGGUUAUCCUUGGCAACAUGUGGCAACCGAGUCAAGUAGAUCAAAAUGCACACGGUCCUCCAGAAGGCUAUGACUCAACGUGGGGCCGAGUUG